CCUUCCGACAUCCCGCGAAACCCUCGACCUGGCCGAUGCCUCCGAUUCCCUUCACGGUUUCGUCGACAACAUGAAUCAAGAUGAAGCCGUAGUCGAUCCAGCGUUGCGAGCUCCCUAUCCAAUCCUAGUUGCAGCAGAAUCAGAAGAGCAGCAGAAGCAGCCGAAAGCACCAUCUUCUUCCCGUCCUCCCGUCGUCUCCGAUGCUGCCGAGCCGGCCGAUGCCGCAGAUGGCCCCGCGACCAUCUCUGCCACACUUGCUCCUCAAGAAGGAGCCGCCGUCGAAGGAAUGUCGGUAAAACCCGGCCAAGCUGACGAGGAUCAAGGCGACUCCCACGACGACAAGGCAGCAAACGGCCAACAACUCCACGCAUCUCCGGGAGGGGCGGAAGACGCGAGACGACCUCGGGCCUGCGAGUCAUGUCGCGGUCUGAAAGUGCGAUGCGUACCUGAUGUUUCCGAUCCGGAAGGUCAAGGUCCGUGUGCGCGCUGCAGGAAGGCGAAGCGCAACUGCAUCGUCACGGUGCCGACGAGGAAGAGGCAGAAGAAGACGGAUAGUCGGGUUGCGGAGCUUGAGAAGAAGAUCGAUGCGUUGACGGCGAGCUUACAUGUCAGGACGAGUGGAGGAGCUGGCCCCGAGAUGCAUCAGCCCGUAGCCGGGGGGGAUACGGCGUCUUACCCUGGCGGUGGUUGGAGGAAUGUCGAAGGUCAAACACCCGUUAAGCAGUCUUUGCGGCCUGGGCCUGAUAUUGUGGGAGAUGACACGAACGAAAACACCACCGCCACCAACAACAACAACAACAACAACAACAACAACAACAACAACAACAACAACAACAACAACAACAACAACAACAAAAUAAACGAAAAUACGACCGGAGAGACGUGCGACCACCCUCCAUGCGACACGCCGCCAUAUCGCGCCGGCCAGAAGAGGAAGCUAUCAGAGCGAGACGAGACAUCCGUCGAUCCUGAGCCUCGUCCCCCACCACCGAUACGGAUGGACAGCGAAUACGAAGACGUCAUAACCAAGGGCAUCUUGGCUAUGGAAAAGGCCACUGAGCUCUUUACACGCUAUACCACGCGCAUGGUGAAGCACCUGCCGGCCGUCGUGUUCCCCCCGACUUUGUCGGUAACCGACCUCAGGAGGACCAAACCGCUGCUCUUCCUGGCCAUCGUGACGGCGGCCUCGGGGGAGACGCCGUGCCUGCAGCGCCAGCUCUGCCGGGAACUGAUGCAGAUCCUGGCGCAGAAGAUCAUCAUCGCGGGCGAGAAGAGCCUCGAAAUCGUGCAGGCCCUGCACGUUACUGUCAUCUGGUACAUCCCGCCCGAGCACUUCGAGGAGCUCAAGUUCUACCAGCUCGUGCACAUGGCCGGCGUCAUGGCCAUCGACAUUGGCCUGGGCCGCAGGACGCCCGGUCGUAGGUAUCUGCCGCUGGGCGUGUACGCGCUGCGUAAGAGCCCCUACAGGCGGAGUCUCAUGCCCGACCCGACGUCCCUGGAGGCCCGCAGGGCGUGGCUUGGGUGCUACCUCCUCUCCAUGCAUGUUGCCGUCGCGACGCAGCGGCCCAUACUGCUGCGGUGGACCCGGUUUACCUCCGAGUGCGUGGACAUGCUGGAGACGUCGCCCGAUGCGGCGCCUACCGACCGGUUUCUCUGCGCCAUGGUGCGCACUCAUCGCCUGGCGGAGGAUAUCGCGCUGCAGCUCAACCUCGAGGAUGCCGAGCAGACGAUCAACUUCAACGAACCGAGGAUUCUGUUCUCUCUCCGUAAACUGGAAAACGAUCUGGAGUCGUAUUUUCAGUCCGUACCCAAGGAGAUACUACAGCCGACCCUCAAAAUCGCCUUUGGAAUCGUCUCCUUGCAUCUCCACGAAAUUUGCAUCAACCCAGACCCUUGCCACGAUUCGACCACGCCCUCGCCUCCGUCUGGCUCUACGAACACCGCCACCCAGCGGCCCCCGGGCCUCCCAGACGCGCAGGCCUUGACCAGCUUCCAGGUCAACUUCUUCUCUGCCUGUCUUACGGCCAUCAAUACCAUCAUCGAGACCUUCCUGGGCAUGGACGUCGCCACCAUCCGCUGCCUGCCCGUCUUCAACUUCACCCGUGUUGCCUACACCCUCGUGGUCCUCCUGCGGAUCUACUCCGCCGUGACGACCCCUGGAACGGGCCUGGCGACCAUCAUCAACAAGGACGACAUCCGCGUCGACUAUUACAUGGACGCCGUGCUCGACAAGUUCCGCGCCGUGGCUGCCGAGGACAAGAGCCGACCCGCCGCCAAAUUUCUCAUGAUCAUCGCUAUGCUCAGGGGAUAUCACUCCCAGCGGCCGAAGGCCGGGGAUGGCGGCCUUUGCCUCUUCAAGCUGGAUAGUGUUUGCCCGGAGGACGAUCCGUCGUCGGUCCCCUCGGGAUCGAAGGAGCCGGCCGCCUCGGGAGAUCCAAGGCCGUUCAUACCUCCGUCUUCACAGCAGCAGACGCAAACGCAAACACAAGCGCAAACGCAAGCGCAAACGGGAAAUCUCAGCGCCAAUACGCCGCUUCAUCUCCUUUCCGAGAUUGCAACCAAUGACCGCAGGUCCGCACUACGACCACCGUCGCAAAGCAACAGCAACGAUAACAAUGCCAGUUCCAGUACACACGGUAGCAAUCAUAACGUCCUAUGGGGUCUGAAUCCCCGCCACCAAGCGCCACCGCCACCGCGACCGACGCCACAGCAGUCGUUCAUGCAGGCGUCCGGGGCAGCAGCAGCAGCAGCAGCCAGCGUCCCGUUCAACACGGACCCCUUCGUCGCCCCCCUCCCCAUGUCCCAGUUCACAGAGUACCUCUCCAUGGAAGAGCUGGCCUCCAGCCUCGGCCUCGGCUUCGGUCUCGAAAGCGGCGGGGGCGGCGGGGGCGGCGGCGGCGGCGGCGGGACGACCGCGGGGUUCGUUUACUCGCCCGACCCGGGGGUGCUGUUUGGCCCCGACUUUAGCGGCGGCAACGCCAACGCCGACGGCAAUGGGGCACUGAACGUGAACGGGUUCGAUAAAGACGAUGCGCGUUUCGUCAUGGCCAACAUGGAUUUCCUGCAGGGCAUGCCGCAGGCUUGGGGGGCGGGGGGUGGUGCGGCUUCCGCCGGUGGCGCCGCUGCCGGGGGGGCCGGCGGCUCGUCGUGGGGGAGCGGCGUGCCCCCUUUUCAGAUGUGAAACUUCGAUGCGCCCCUGCCGUCGUACCUGUCCGCCCUUUUGUACCAGGGUACGUAUGACAUGGCUACGUUGUUCAAGAGGUCGUAUCGAAACGAGGAACGUGAAGGGGUUCGUUGUUCGUUUACGCACAGGAUGGGUGGUGUGUAUGUACAAGUCUAUACUGAGGAACGGGUGUCACGGAUAGAUAUCAACAAAUCGGGGGAGUUAAUGGCUGGAUAUCGUUCUUAAAGUUGAGACGCAGGGAGCGUCGAGUGUCUUACCCGAGUCGUCACACUCAUCGUCACGCAUCGUCACUCAUCGUCACACUGGCUUUAAUGUUAAAGCCCACUUCAUCAUCUCAUCCUUC